GUGCAAUCGAGUUGAGCUGUUGGAUUAUGUGCAGCAUAUCCCUCCUCGCACUAUAGAUUUAUAUCACAUCGACGUCAUCCUAGUGUUUUUCCUAAAGCGUAAUCGAGUUCUUCCCCGAAUCGGGGGCGGGCGUGCCAAAGGCAAACGGGGACACGUCGCCAAUGUGUUCGGAGCUGUAGUUGAACGAACCGCCACCGCCAUUCGAGCCGCUCAUGAACGAGUCGCCGCAGUUGUACGAGCUGCCGCUGCCGCGUGCGUUCGAGUCGUCGUCAUCCCAGAGACUGGCCGUGUCUUGGUGGGUGAUGGGUCCUGGCUUGGUGGCGCUGUCGGUGCGACUCGAUUCCAUGGCGGUGACCCACAGGUUGUUGUGGGAGUUGGCCGAGUUGGCGCUCUCGCAAAUGCUGUCAGAGUCAAACUGGUCGUUCGGGUGGCGGCCGUUGGCGGCGGCGGCGGCAUGGAACGGCGGCGACGACAAGCGCUGCGCGUUUGAGACGAACCCGUCCGUCGGGUAUUUGGGUGGGGAGAUGCGGGAUGGCUGGAAGUACGGGUUGGGUUGGCUUGUGUGGGAGUGGGAGUGGGCAGGCGAGAAGGACGGAGGGGACUGUGACGACGAAUGGUGCUGCUGAUGCUGCGGGGGACGGACGGGUGCCCCGAGGGGCAGGAAGUGCUGCUCGUGAUGCAUUGGCCGGAUGCUCUUGUUGUGCGGAGACAGCACGUCGUCGUCGUCGUCGCCUUCGUGGGCGCCGCGGCGACGGCGCAACAACACGAAUGCGAUGGCCAGCAGAAUAAUGCCGCCGACGCCACCGAUGAUCGCUACGAUGACUGUGGUGGUGUUGGACGAAUCUGCGACACCGGCAGAGGUCGAGGCCUUGGUGGGGGUGGGCGAGGUGGAGGUUGAAGUUGAUGGAGGCUUGGGAGCGGCAGUGUUGGAGUCCACCAAGAUGUUUUCCGGUCGUGAUGAGGUUGGAGUAGGUGAAGUUGGUUCGUCAGGAGAAAUGAUUGUCGGGGCGGGAGCGGCAGUGGGCGGAACGUUUGUGGGGGCCACUGACGUGGUGACGUCGGGGGGUGCGUUUGUCGGUGUCGGAGAAGCCGAUGAGUUUGUGGUCGGGGCGGUCGGUGAGGUUUGUUCAGGUGGCGGUGUGGUUAGUUCAGGUGGCGGUGUGGUUAGUUCAGGUGGCGGUGUGGUCAGUGCAGUUGGCGGCGCGGUCGUGGUAGUCACGGCGGUUGUGGAGACGACAGGUGCGGACGUCGUGGGCGUCUCUGAGGUAGGAGGAGGCGGGGUGUUUGGCGUGGGGGUCGUGGUUGGGGUGGGUGGUACGGGUGUGGUCGUUGGGACCUCCACUGGUGCUGGAGUGGUCGUUGGCUCCGGUGGCAAGAUCGUGACAGGCUCCGAGGUUUCCGGCGACAGAGUAGUGAUGUUGUCUGCUUGAACCGCUGCGAAGGACGUCGACGCAGCAGCAGCCGCGAGCAUCAGGAUCGCGGCAUGGUAGGUCCUCAUGUUUGGCGUGGUGGUCGAUUCAGGAAUUGCGCGAGUCGCGC